GAUAAACAGUACGAGAACAACUUGUUGAUUAACAAGUAUUUUCUAUUGUAUGAGGAGCUAUCCUAUGCGAUGAACAUUGGAGACAUUGCGCACAUUGAAACCUGCAUCAUCGCAUGGACAUUGAUCUUCAAGGCAACAGGCAAACAUAAAUAUGCCACAUGCAUGACAGAGUUUUUGAUAAACUUGCACUUCAAUUAUCCCGCGGGUUUG